CCGGGGCGGCACCGGGCGGGGACGGGGAGCGGGGAACGGGGCGGGAGGGAAGGGAGAAGGGGGGGGGGUGACAUUGAGGGGCCCCGCGCCGCGCUGCGGGCUGCGGGCAGCGCCAUGUGGGGCCGGGCCGACAGGGCAGUUAAACUGCUGGAAAGAAACAUUCCCUCAAUUCUGAGGUUGACUAGAGGAGUAGAUCUGAAGGUAAACAGAAGGCUUUGCAGCAAACCUCUCCAAGAAGGUCCGCCUCAGCCAAGAAGCCGGUCUGCUUUAAGGGUACCUGGACACAGGCCGACAGACUGGGAGAAAAAAUGUUUGUUGUGGGCAGGCCAUUUCAAAAAACCAGAGGAUAUACCAGAGACUGUCUCGAUUGAAGCAAUCAGAGCAGCACAGACCACACUGCGUGUGAAGGUCAGCUAUGUAAUGAUUGCCUUGACUAUACUGGGAUGCAUAGCGAUGGUGAUCAGAGGGAAGCAGGCUAUAAAAAGGCAUGAAUCGCUUACAAGCAUAAACUUGGAGAAGAAAGCUCAGUGGAAAGAAGAAGCUACUCAGAGUACAUCUGCUAAACCGUAGAGGAAGAAAUGGAGAAACCAAGGAUGGGGGAAGAAAAGCCUGAAGUCCUCCUCAGCUCUUGGAGGAGGAUAUAGUCACAUCAUCCUUGUAUGUUCUGUACUCUUGUGUUCAAGAAUGAAUACUUGUGAUCAUUAAAAACAGAAACAUCUGUUUUUCUUCCUGGUACCUUCCCCUUUCCUCCCAACUCUCUUCCUCAAGCCAUGUAAUUUUAUUUCCUUCAUUAGUUAAUUGAAGUAAUAACUAACGUCAUCCACUAUCACUACUACAGGUCCCUUUAAAAAGAGUGGUGCUAUACGUAUUCUGUACUGUUACAGGCUGCCCAAAUUUUUCUGUAUGUUCUUUGUGUAAGAGAGAAAAACUAUUAAGGAAGUCCUUGAGUCGGGAAUAAUUACAUGACUGCAUUAACAUGGUCAAAAUGAUCAGAAGUUAUUAGAAAGUCUGCUUACUUACUUGUUCCAGGUCCAGUAUAUUCUGGCUACCUCUGUAUAAGUCAAGGAUUACUUGUCUUCUUUGCUAAGAAGAGGAAAAGGAGUGAUAACCCUGGAUACCACAGAAACGAUGUACUGCACGACAACCUAACAUUUUUUACACUGGAGUUGCUAGUGAGGUGAGAGGAAAUUCAAGUUAAGAGUACAGAGAUGAGUAUUUUGACAAAUACUUCAGCCUGUGCUAUCAGAUAUGCUACUUAGAGGCACAUGAGUAUAAGAAAGUUAAUCAAGCAUUUCUUCUCUCUGCUGCCAAGCUCCUUUUUUCCAAAAUUUAUUUGGACUUAUUUGCAUAUUUUCCCUUUAAAAUGCCACCUGUACUUUCACUUGCUAGCCCACAUAAAGAUCACCUGCCUCAAGUUUCAGAAGCAGCAGACCCAGUAACACCUGCAAAGAGCAACUCCCAGUAGUCCUGUUUCUGGCAUUCAUCCCAGAAGCGUCACGUACUGUUCAUGCUAAACAGCACACAGCAACUGGAGACCAGUAUUUUUCCCUCUUCCUUUCAGAUCAUUUGGAAGGAAAUGUAGAUUAGGACCAUCAGGACUGUUCAAAACCAUGUAUUUUCCCAGGACUGCAUGCUGACUGGCCCCUGGGGACUCCAGAAACAGAAGAGGCAUGUUUGACAGAUGUAGUUUGUGAAUAUCCUGAUUGCGGGAGGCAGAUUAUUUUUCCUGAAUCUUUUCAGUUUUUCUUGUACUACUACAAAUUAGCAAUAUUACUGAAUUAAAAGCCCUUCAAAAAUGCAGGAUAAACCUUGUAUUUAUAAUUGGAAAGAAAUAAUGAGGUAUCUAAUGCAGUCCUCUCUAGUACUUUGUCCUUUAUUUUACAGUUAGAAAAUAAAUAACUGCUUCAGUCC